UUCCGCAGCCUGCCUUUUCAAGUAAAAAGACUUUCCAGCCUUGACUUCCCAAAUUGUAACUCGGCCAGAGCAAGACUGUUCGUUUCAACGAGAGACGUUGUCAUCCUGCAGUCCGCGAUCGAAAAGAAUCAGCCAAAUGUUUCCAAAAUGUCAAAGAGCUACCGUGCUUCGUUGCCAAUACAUGAACCGAUAACUCGCGGAUCCAGGAUGUUUUCUUUGUUUCUUUUUCAGCGAGCUAGCGCACUCAUUUCUGCCACUUUGCGAGCCCCGAGUUGAAAGGUUUGAUUCGGCGCAAUGAAAAAAUGUGACUUUCUGGACUCUCGCGCUGAAUAAUGGGACUGGAACUCGAGCGGCGUUUCCGGUGGACGGAGGUGACGUCACGGAGCCUUUGGAAUCAGAAUCCGGCUGUCGUCGUCGCAGCUGCUCUGCGGUAGGAGGGGCUUUGUUUUCAUCCCGCGUCGCCCUGUCAUGGACCCGGAGGACGGCCGAGAAGCGGAGCGGCGCCCGUGGGAGCGCUUGUCGUCGUGGCUCGAGUGCGUGUGCGUGGUCACCUUUGACCUGGAGCUCGGACAAGCCAUCGAGCUGCUUUACCCGCCUGACGUCAAGUUGACCGAGAAGGAGGUGAGUGAGCGGCAAACGGGGCUCCCCGGCGUCAGCUCAAGUCGGCUCUCAUCCUCCCCUCCAGAAAAGCAGCCUGUGCUACUUAUCCUUCCCGGACUCUUACUCAGGAUGCGUCGGAGACACUCGGUUCAGCUUCAGAAUGCGGCAGUCCGUCGGCCGCCGCCGGCGUCCGGCGGACGACCUUUACGACAGAGACGCCCCCGCCGCCCUGCAGAUGGAAGCCUCGCAUUUCUACGGCUACGUUUACUUCCGCCAAGUCAAGGACGCGUCGGUCAAGCGAGGAUACUUUCAAAAGGUACGCCGAGCGACGUCGCCGCCCGCCAACGGUCCUUCCGUCGAGCGCUCGAAAGGGAGGCGGGCGCGUCCGCCUCGAGACUCAUCGGGAGCCUCUGUCCGCACGCCGGCCGGCCGGCGUUUCAGUCUCUGGUGGUGCUGUCUCGGCUGCCGUUCGUGCGGCUCUUUCACGCCGCGCUCGGCGCCGUCGCGCCGGACUUCUUCUCGGCGGCCGAGCCCUGCCUACGAACAGCUUGCGAGCAGAUGGACCGAUGGCCUUUCCCGGCCCCCGGGCUGAGCGCCGACCUCCCGCUGAUGGGCGCCGUCCUGCGGGUCAGGCCGCUCGGCUUCGGUUUCGCCGCCGCUUUCCCCUCACCCGCCCGUUUUUGUCCCCAGGUGCGAAUUCCCAGCCGGAAGGACAAAGCGGGAAGUCCGCCGACAGCCGCCGCGGAGGAGGAGGUCAGAACUUCAAAGAGCGCAGAGGACGGCCCGGUAUUUGAUAUCGCCGGGUUAGCAAUUUGUACGUCUGCCGCCGAUCCUCAGAACGCGCCGGUUCCGCCGCCGAGGCCGACCGCGCUCCCUUCCGUCCACGAGCCCGACCUCUUCAGGUGUUUCCGGUCGCUCCUGAUCCACACGCAGAUGUUGUGGGAACUGGCUUUGCUGGGCGAACCGUUGGCGGUGGUGGCGCCGUCUCCCGCCGUCUCCUCGGAAACCGUCUUGGCGCUCGUCAGCUGCAUCGCGCCCCUCAAGUUCUGCUGCGACUUCCGGCCGUACUUCACCGUCCACGACGGCGAGUUCCGGGAAUACACCGCCAAGACGCGGGCGCCGCCCAACGUCAUUCUGGGGGUGACCAACCCCUUCUUCGUCAAGACCUUCCACAACUGGCCGCACGUCCUGCGCCUGGGAGAGAGCGCCGAGGCGUUAGGUGACGGAUCGCCCCGCCCGCAGGCCUCGCCGCGCGUCCGCUCCGAACGCGCGCCAGAUAAGUCGCCUCGUCUCCCGUCAGGAGAGGACGUCCCCAAGCAGCUCAAGAUCAAGAAAAUGGCCAAACUCAAGACGCUGGACGCCAAACCGGGAGUCUUCACGGCCUACAAGAGCUUCCUGCUCAAGGACAAGGUCCUCAUCAAACGCGUGCUGAAGGGGAUCCAGAGGCGCAGGCCGUCUGAGGUGCAGAGCGCCAUUUUGAGGCGCCACUUUUUAGAGCUGACGCAGAGCUUCAUUAUUCCGCUGGAACGUUACAUGGCGAGCCUGAUGCCGCUGCAGAGGUCCGUAACGCCCUGGAAGACGCCCCCGCAGAUCCGUCCGUUCAGUCAGGACGACUUCUUGUCCACCCUGGAGCGCGGCGGCCCCCGGCUGACCUCGGCGCUGCGGGGCGAUUGGACGGGGCUGUACAGGAAGUUUUUCAAAUCGCCGAACUUCGACGGCUGGUACCGCCGCCGUCUCGGAGAGAUGACGCGCAAACUGGAGAGUCUCCACCUGGAGGCGGUCUGCUUGGCAGACGUUCCGGGAUGGACACGGGACAAGUCGGAGGUGGAGAUCGUCGACUUGGUGGUGAAGCUUCGAGAGAAACUGAGCAAAGCGAGGAGGCGCCGGCUGCAGGUGAGAGAGGACCUUCUCACCAAGCUGCAAUCCUUAAUCGAGAGCAUCGCCGGCACGCUGCCCAAAGACCUACAAGAUGUCCUCCGCGCACAAUGACAGAACCGCGAGGACCACAUCCGCUCAGCCCACGGAACGCGUGAAUGGACUUUAGAUUUUUGUUUUGUUUUGAACGAGCCGCUCGCUACCACCACGUGCAAGAUGAGCCCAAAGAGUCAAUGAUCAAGGCUGAAUAAUUGAAUAAAUGUGAUUUAUUUGUUUCAA